CGUAAACCCAUAUUUGUUCGAGCACACCUUAUUUUCGUUUUUAUUUAGUUUGUGUAAUCAUUAAUAUUAUUAUUUAAUCAUGACCUCGACUUUACCUCGCGGUAAAGCGACUCGUGAAAUUGAUAGUGUUAGGAACGACAUUCAGGAUAUUCUCUGCAGUGGAAAUUAUUACUGCAACGAUGAACUGGCGCGAGAAAUGACGAAGAUUAACAACGGUCUGAACCACUUGCGACUGAACGAGAGUCUGGACUGCAUGCCCAAACACCGAUAUCAUGGCAAAAUCAACAACACGUCUGGCCUGGUGGACAAGGUGUCUGGCUACCUGUACGAGUACCGCCAAAAGAUGCAUGGGCAGAACGUGAAGGGCAAACAGGAGAAUGAGAUAAGAGAACAACACCAGUGGGCCAUGGCCAACCUGAAGAGCAUACAGCAGGAGAUGGAUCAGCAUGCGACCAAUGCACGGAAUCGCAUCAGCGAGUUUGGUGACAUCAUCGGCGUCACGGAUCGCUUCACUGGUUACCGUAACAACCUGCUGAGCAGACCGGACGCCUUCGUCCCCAACUGGACAACUAGAUCUCAGACAACCACUGGAUUUCCGGGACGAGAGUCAUUUCGUGGGCGUGCAGUACGCAUGAGCGUGCCUUUAAUUGGAGGAACCGUCCACGAUGACAUCACGUUUGGGAGUGUACGACCCUGUUCAAUGCAAUACAAAGGUUACCGCACCAUCGACAGCUUGUACCCGAGGCGAACUGUCCUUCAGAGACGCGGAGAUCCCUGCUAUAGCAGAACCAUCGACGACGUGAAAACCAUCAACUUAAUGAAUUCGCAGUCAUGGUCGCCAAAUGGGGGCGGCACGGGAAACGGGAGCCUGAUGAGAAACGACCCAACCCUUGCAAAAACCCCACAGGAGAUGGCGGGAAUAAAUAUGGUAUUCCCCGGCAAAACGGAGUACAUGCUACGGUACAACAGGCCACUAACGGACAUGCCCACGUGCGAUUUCACGGUGAAUCCCAAACCGGACUAUUCCUUGUACGGCCGGACCCUAGGGAAGCCUGACCCAGAUUGCCCCAAAACCACGGAGUACCAGGUUCGGUACGAAUGGCCUGAUGGAAGACGACUGGUCAAGUUCCCAUGGCUACGCAAGUGAAAACAUUUUAGAUGAGUGCAUCCAUAGAGGCCUACACAGAAUAAUAUAUAUAUAUAUAUAUAUAUAUAUAUAUAUGUAUGUUUAUAGCUUGUUUUUAAAUACAUGUGAACAUUGGUGUGAACAGACACACUGAUGUGUACAUACAUGAGGAUAACAUAUAUUAUGAACAUGUCGUCAGCUCUUUGGCGAGGGGGCGAAUAUUCAAUUUAGGAAAAUUUACAUAAAAUCUACUCUUGUAUAUCAUUGCAAUAAUGGAUUUUAAUUCGGAGAACCACUUUAUAAACUACUUCUUUAACUGGCUAUUUCAUUAGUUAUAGUUUUGCUAAUACAGUAAUUCACUAAAUUAACCACUUAAUUAAGACUUCAUUUGAUGAACAUCCAAAUGUACAUUCACCUAUUUUGUCAGAAAGGCAACGAUACAUGUAUUGUGUAUGUGUAUAUAACAUGGAUCUGACAUAAUAUGGAAAUAAGUAUUGUAUAUAGAGGUUAGUGUACAUAUUUCUAUACAAUGUUUUUCAUUCAUUAUCAAGAAAUAUUCUUUUUGAAGGAUAUGCCAUUUUAUGCUGGUUCAUGAAUAUAAUGUCAAAUAUAGCUUAUUUUAAUUCAUUACAUUAUUAUCUGGUAAUGUUGUUUUAACGAGAUAUCAUUUUAAAGCUGGUAUACAGAUUUGGAUUUUAAUAAUUAAUGUAGGCAAACUUCAAAAUUACUUCAAAGCUCUUUGGUUACUUGGACUUUGAUGCAAAAAUUAUUUACACAUAGAUGGUAAUAUGUUUUAGCCAGGUAAACAAAUGAGAAAAUACGGCUUCCAAAAAAAAGAGGGGCAUGUUUACUUUUAUUUGUUUUAGUAUUUUUAACUAGAUGGAAAUGUAUUUUAGCCAGGCAAAGAAAUGACAAAAUAUAGCUUCAAAAUAAGGAGGGGCAUGUUUACUUUUAUUUGGUGUAGUAUUCAUAACUCGAUGGAAAUGUGUUAUAGCCAAGUAAAGAAAGACAAAAUUUGGCUUACGAAAAUAGGCCUGUUUGUAAACUCUUGUUUGAUAUGUUAUAGCCUACUAUUAAAAAGACUCCAGUGAAAUAAAAGUAUUAUCGUAGAGCAUGUCAGAAAGCCAUGGUUAACAAAAAUGUGAGUACCGGUUCCAGGGUAUACGUACUAUAGAUUGGGGUCUGAAACCAAAUAGGUAUUUGUAGGAUAGUCUUAAAAGGACGGUGUCCAAUAGGAUUGAUAAGAUAAUGUCAAAAGGACAGUAUCCAAUAGGCAAUGGCGUAGCCAGCAUGAGGCAGACUAGGCGCUUGCAUCAUCUGGAAUUUCCCCAGAUUUAUUUUAUUUUUCCCAUGACACUGAUAUUUAUUUUAGAGGUCUGGAUUUUCCUCAGCGUUUUUUUCCUCUCUGGCUACGCCCCAGAUAGGAUUAAUAAGAUUCUGUUAGUAUCCAACAGGAUUAAUAAGGUAAUGUCAGAAGGACAGUAUCUAAUAAGAUUAAUAAGAUGAUGUUCAAAAGGGCAGUAGCGAAACUUAUCUAGAGGGUAAUGUCAAAGGGACAAGACGAAAAGGUAUUAAAAGGGUACCAAAAGGGUACCGUAAUGUUAGAAGAAAAAUAUUCAAGUUUUAACAUGGUCGUAUUAAAGGGAUGAAAUGUAAAGGGUAUUACUUAAGGAACGGUAUCCAAAAGUGAUGAAUUAUGAAUGGGAUGUAAUUGUUAAAGGGAGAUAAUUAACUUCAUGCAAUGUGUUCUAUUUUUAAAAAGAAGGAAAUACGGUGUGAAAUAAUAUGUCUAUGUUAUAAAUAUUGAGUUUAUCCCCAGACGAUACAUAUAUAAUCCCUUAAUUGUAUGUCUAUGUUAUAAAUAUUGAGUUUAUCCCAGACGAUACAUAUAUAAUCCCUUAAUUGUAUGUCUACUUAAAACAUCUUUGAAAUCAUGUAUGCUCCAUUACGCAACAAUGUUACUGAAUCGAAAAAAUGGAUAUUAAAAAUGGAUUUUUAUUUUAUUUUAUAGUAAAAAUACCAAUUACAUCUGUUGCUUUUAAAAAAAUAGAUAUUACUGUACUGUCAAAUUAAUAUUCAACUUAUAAUUUUUUUUUUUUUUUUUUUUUUUUCAAAUUGUGCGUUUAAAAUCAGUUGUAUCCCUUUAAUUAUCUGUAUUUAAAUAAAUUGUAGAUUAUGAAAUGAUAUUGUAAAAUGAAUCUUCGGUUUAUGCAGUAAAAAAAAAUAGCCAGGCCUCUGAAGUUAGUUCCUGUAUCAUGUGUGUGUUCCUUUACAUUGUAAAUAUACAGCUACAACUUGUUUAGAAAUGGUAUUAUUUAUUAAGCAUGUACAUUUUUUUAAAAGUCCCAAGGAAGCAAUAUGGGAGUCAACGCAAUUUAACAAAAGUAAUCGUGCCAUUGUCUGUGAUUUAGCAAACAUACUUUGUAAGCUAUUAACCAAAGUUGUAUUGUAAUUAACUACAGCAGCAGCAUUAUAAGAAUGCAAACGAGAAUUAGAAAAAUGCAGCUUACGCUUUUCUUUUCUUUCCAAUUAUAUAUGCCAUUUUUUUUAUUUUUUUUUUUUAUUAUUAUUUUUUUUUAUUAUUAUUAUUUUUUUUUUGCUUCAUUCUGUAAUAUGAAAUGCUUACCUCUAUACAAAUUAUUGUUUAUUUACAUUUAUAUAUACACGUAUAUAUUGUUUUUACUACCAGCACUUUCAAAUUUUAGGCAUGUGUGUUAAAUAUCAUUGCAUCUACUUUUGUGCCUAUCUCAAUCACAAACUUGUACAAAUAAUGUGGCUAAUGUGAAAUGUAGCUAUAAUUGUUGAAAAAAAACAAGAAGCAAUUAAGGGGAGAUAAUUUUCGGAUUUUUUUGUUUUAAAAGAUCUGCACUUUAGUAGAAUAAUAAUUAGAAUUCAAUAUAAUGGUUCAUUAACUUUAUAUCUGUAUGUGAUUAGAAAGUAAUAUAUCCAUAACUGGAGUCCACAGAAGCACAUUCAUUGAAAAAUACAACCACCAAAUACAUAAAUUGUUAUAUAUAUUUUUAUAUUAUUUUAAAAAAACUUCUUUUUUUUUUUUCUAUAAUUAUACAAUGUUGUGACAUAAGUCCAUUGAUUGUAACAAGUUUAUGUUGCAUGCAUCAAUUGCCAAUGUGCCUAAAAUCAUUCUGUAUCUCCCUUUGAAAGAUCUCAUGUUUCAGCAUAAAAAUGAUAAGCUACUUUUAGAAAAUAGACUUACAAGGAUAUAUAUAUCUUAAGAUCAUUUUAGAUAAUAGUAUCGUGUUUGCUUUUGCUUCUUUGAUUAUGUAACACAAAGUGUUUGUUUCAGAAAUCAUUUAUGGAAAUUGUUAGCACUUAAUAUAUUUACUCUGGUUUUUACUAAUUUUAUUUUUAAAAUAGAAUUUAUAUUUCAUUAAAUUUACAUUUGUGAAAUUUAAUGUUUCAUUUUAAUUAUUAAUUUUCAACAUCAAUCAGUCAGGUUUGGAGGUAUAUCACAAAGUAACAGAAAUUCUAUUGGAUUUUGAUUGUCAAUAAAUUUUAAAAAUUUAAUAUAGAAAUCACCAUGAGAAAUUUAUGACUGGAAAAUAAAGCUGUUUUAAUCACAUUUUCUAAAUAUUUAUAUUAAUUUUAUUACUGUGAAUAACAGAAACCAAAUUGUUAUUGUCUUUCCACAUCAGUGAAGUUUUUUUUUAUUUAUUUAUUAAUUUACUGUAGUUUACAUAGCAGUCACAUACGUGAAGAAUGAAUAUGAAAAAUUAUUCAAUUAGUGUUUUUUAAUGUUUUGAUUUUUUAAUCACUUUAUGUACAAUGUAAUCUGAUGCAGUGGUGCAAAUAUUUUAUUAGAUGUUGCUGUGUGUUAAAAUAUCAUAUUUACCAUUUUUAGAGCCGAUGUGUUUUUCAUGCUGGGGUGUUGUUAAGCAUCUUUUCUACAGGGCUUCUAGAAUUUUUUUAAA